UGCAAGGAGCAAGGACUGUGAGUCUUCGCCGUGCCUCUGCCGGACAGGCUCAGACAGAGGUUUAACUGUAUGAGAAUUGAAAUACCAACGUGCAGGGAACACUACAGGAUAAUGCACAUAAGUAAAACACUGGGUUGAAUAGUACUUACUACGGACUUUUGACUUAAUAAAAACUUUCAGAUGGGACCGAUUGUUUUUUAGAAAUCAAUGCAGAUGAUCUGUGGAUAAAAAAAGAAAGAAAGAAAGAAAGAAAACACGCUGGUUAUCAUGGAUCACUUACUGUCUUACCUCCCACGUGUUUUAUGUUUUGGCCAUUCUUGCGUUUUAUGGAUUUCUUUAUUGCAACUUUGCACAUCGCUGGCCCGGUUAGCUCCAGAGUGUUACCCAGGUGGAUAUCAAAUCCUACAGAAUCCUUACCGCAGCAUUGACUUUGAUUCAGUUGAUCUUCAACACACAGCGAUCCAGGACUUGAUCUGCGAUCACUCACUGUCAUCUGGAUGGUACCGGUUCAUGAUCAAUAACAAACCAGCAGAGAUGCCAACUGAAUGCAUAGAAAUGAACAAGUGCGGAACCCAAGCUCCUGUGUGGCUUUCUUUGAAAGAGGGCUCCCUGCCUCGCCUCGGGGACGUGAAGCAGCUAUCAGCCUGCGCCACAUGGCAGUUCUUCCUAGGAAGCACCAAAGACUGUUGUCUGUUUAGAAUUCCAGUCUCUGUGAGAAACUGUGGAGAGUUCUUUGUUUAUUUUUUACAACCAACUCAGGGAUGCAUGGGCUACUGUGCAGAAGCUGUUACAGAGGUUAAACCUAAAAUCUGCCCUCCCAGAGAAGUUGAAGUUAAUGGUGUUUGCCAAGCAAGACCUUUGGCAAUAUCUUCUAAGCCAGUCAUUACCCCAGAGAUGAUUGGCAACAGCGUCCAUCUGAAAUGUACCUAUAGCAGCAUGUCUUCCGAUCCAGCCUUGGGCUAUGUGGUGGCUUGGUCACGGCACUUGCCUGGGAAUGUGAAGGAGGAGAUAAGAAGAGACACGACCCUGCAGACUGUCUCCUCUGUAGAGAUGGAUGGAGUUCAUUUUAAGCUGGGGGAUAUGAUUUCCUGUAGCGUCUUCACCUUUCUAAGGAACUCAGAAGAUACGCAGUCUUUACCUAGAGACAGUGAUGUUUUUUUUGCUGGGUUAAAGUUUGUACCAGAGUUUUUCCAAAUUGCAGAGGACAGUAACGACCACUCACUGACAAUCCACAGCACUGUCCCCAUUCCUUGUAAGGACAGCGAACAGAAGCAGAACUGCAAAAUAACUCUGCAGCUUAGUACUGAUGACUACGACAGUAUAAGCCUGGAAGCGCCAAACAUAGCUCUCUCAGCAUGUCAGGUGGACCUGGAGCAGACACAGUGUACAGGGGACAGCUGUGCGAGUGCCUCCCUGUUGCUGACGGCUGUGACAGACUUCACCCGCGAUGGAAACCGCGCUAGUCACGUCAGGGUGGAGCCAGCGAAAGACAGUCCUCUUCUCUGGAAAGGUUACACGCCAAACCCAGUGAAAGUGAUGGUUCAGGACAUUCCAGCUGGAAGUUGCUACUCGUUUACAGAUCCCCAUAUAAUUACAUUUGAUGGCAGGCGUUUUGAUAAUUACAAGACAGGAACGUUUGUGCUGUUCAGGAGCCUGGCCCGUGAGUUUGAGGUGCAGGCACGCCAAUGGGACUGUGGGAGUCGCCACUAUGCUGUGUCUUGUAACUGCGGAGUAGUGGUCAAGGAAGGCAGUGACAUCAUUGCUUUUGAUAUGUGCAAUGGCCAACUGCAAGAAACCAGACCACACUUGUCAGUGAAAAGCAUUGGACCAGCAUCAGAUCAAAUCAAGAUCCAGCAGGCGCACCAAGGGAAGAAGGUCACUAUUGUAUUCCCCUCCGGUGCCUUUGUCCGUGCAGAUGUGAGCGACUGGGGAAUGAGCUUGUCUGUGAGAGCACCAAGUGUUGAUUUUAACAGCACAAGAGGCCUGUGUGGUACCUUUGACAGAAACAGUCAGAAUGACUUUCACAGCACUGAUGGCAGCAUGUUAAUAAGUUCACAUAGAAAUAAUGACCCUGAAGAUUUCAUAGAGGAGUGGAGGAUACCACCCGGGGAGAGUUUAUUUGACAUAACACCGCUAGUCACAGAAGGAGAGAAAAAGAAAUAUUACUGCAGGUGCCAGAAGGAGUACACCAUGUCUCUCCACUCAGUAAACAGAAGGGGGGGGUUAUUUGACCACUCAUCUUUAUCUUACUGCUUCUCAAAUGACAAUGUGGAUUACACCUCAGUCAUCCCAUUCCUUGACGUUACCGCUGAAUAUAUCAAUACUCCUACAAUUGAGACUAACAUUCAGAAACGUGAGGCGGUGCAGACUUUUGGAAGCCUACCCAAGGUCAUCAGAAAACGAGACAAUGUGAUGCCAUCCCGACAGCAACAAGCCUUAGGAUUUCCUUCAGAGGAUCAGCAUAUUCAAGAGCCAUUAGAAAGUGAUUUUGAUCAAACAGGAACAAUUAAUAAUAAAACUGGGUUGGACAUUAAAUUAAGUAGAAGAAGAAGACAAGGUUACUAUGAAUACCUGCCGAUAUUCACAUUCCAGAGUUUGAGUCAGACUGAUCUGGAGAGCUUUACAUAUUUCUUCCCAGAGGAUCAUUUAUCUGGCAGCAGACCUGUGGUUCAGCCCUCAUGGCCUACUCCAAGUGGCCUGACAUCAGCUAAAGCCUUGGAGAUAUGCCAGCAGGUCCUUGCCAACUCCACCAUUGGGGUUGUUUGCAAAGACCUGUUGGGAAGAAGACUGGAUGAAGCCAUUGACAUGUGCAUCUUAGACUUGCAGCUGAAGGAUGAUCUGGCUUGGGAGGAAGCAAUGGCACCAUUUCUUGAAAAUGAGUGUGAGAGAAGGGUUUUGGAAAACAGAACAAGGCAGCCCUUCAUGUUAGGAGGAUCAACUGGAGCUUCAGAAGAGAUCAUCACUGCUCUGAGGUGUCCUAAUUUCUGUAAUGGGAAUGGACUCUGUACUGAAUGGGGCUGCCAGUGCUUUCCCGGGUACAGUUUACAUGACUGCAGUCUUUCCAGCAGUCAUCCCCCAGAACUAACAGACCUGGAGAACAGUGGUCUGUGUGAUAUACAAGUAUAUGAGUGCAACAGUGUCCGUGUGUUUGGUCUUGGCUUCAUGGACUCUGGUGACCUGCACUGUCAGGUCACUAGAUUGAUGUAUGUCAACGGUCACUGGGUACCCGGGGUCCAGGAGAUCACUAAGGCUACAUUCCUCAGUUCCAAGGCCGUGGACUGUGUACUUCCUCCUUUAAAUAACAUGGCCAGCGAGACGGUUGACUUCAUGGUCGAUGACAAGCCAUUUGCUCGAUGGGAAGUAAAAAUAACUAAUGAUGGCUCCCUGUAUAGUGACUCCAAGGUGGUGAUCUUAUAUGAUGGUGUGUGUCAGGCCUGCCACUCAUCGUUAACUGGACUUUGUACGUUAAAGGAAAAGACAUGUAAUAUAGAUGGAUUGUGUUAUGGAGAAGAGGAUCUCAAUCCUACCAGCCCAUGUCUCUUAUGUAAACCUAGCAUUUCAAAGUUCACCUGGUCAGUAAAUGAAAACAAUCAGCCUCCUAUGUUCCAAGUUCCAGUUAAUAAACUGCAGACGUUUUCUGGCGAAAACUUUGUCUACCAGUUCACAGCUGUGGAUCCCGAGGGCUCUGCCAUGCAGUUCCUGCAAGAGUCAGGGCCUCAGGAUGCUUCUCUCUCCCCUGCAGGCCUCCUCAUCUGGAAAGUCCAUUCGGAAGAAACACAAAUAUUUGAAUUUACAGUGUCAGAUGAAUGCAAUGCACAAAGCAGAUACUCUGUAGAGGUUGCAGUGAAGCCAUGUGGUUGUUUGAAUGGUGGAACAUGUGUUACGAAUAUCAAUUUCCCCCCAGGAAGUGGUGAAUAUCUCUGCAUGUGUCCCCCAGGAUUCACAGGAGAUCUCUGUCAGGAAAAUAUUGAUGAGUGCAUAUCAAAUCCAUGUGGAGGAGGCACCUGUGUAGAUGGAGUCCAUAGUUAUUUGUGUGAAUGUCCAGCUGGUCUCAGAGGUACCUCUUGUCAAGAAGAUGUAAAUGAAUGUGAGAAGAGCCCCUGUUUCCCCGGAGCACCUUGUAUCAACAGUUUCGGAUCCUACAAAUGCGGACGCUGUCCUCAAGGCAUGGGGGGUGAUGGCAGGUCAUGUAAAAUUGAGAGCCUUGCUGACAUCGCUGACACUGCAGUUCCUGAUGCCCAGAGUGCACCAGAUGUAUUAUCUGGGAUGGAAAGUGUCAGGCUUCAGCCUCCAGAGAAAUCAAAAGAGACUGAAAGGGGCCCAUCCUUAGCUAAUUCUCCAAGAACGGGCCAGUCCCCUGCUGCACGUAUUACUACACAAUGUUCCAGCAGACCAUGUUAUCCAGGGGUUCAGUGUAUUGACCGGAGGCCUCCGUAUGGUGGCUAUGUUUGUGGCCGCUGUCCUGCAGGGUUCUUUGGGAAUGGACACAGCUGUACGACAUCCAGAGCCGUUCCGCAUCAUGUUGUAUCAAGAAUGUCACAUGUCAAGAAUUCCAGAUCAAAUAAUGUGGACAUGAAAGUCUCUCAACAUUACUUACCUUUUCUACCUUCAAGCAAUGGAGAAGCUAGACUUUCAAGACCUUCAGUGAAGGUUAAUAACAUUACUACAAGACCGCUUCGGUUCAAUGACUUGGAAUCUCGAGGUGCAAAAGUAGAGACUAAAAUCCUUCAAAACCAAACCUCAGGUAUGAAGCAAGAUGAUGGAGAUAAUCAACAACUUCAGAGACAAAUCCCUGUGGUUCAGUACACUAAAUCUCCAAAAGACCCCUCUCUCCAACAAAACUCCACAACUAGUAACGGUGAUGUAGUCAUUCGGCCUGAUCUUGGUAAGGAAACAGUCAAAAUUCUACAUGUUUCCACUCAGAGUGUCACCAGUGUAACAGCCAAGCCUUCUAAACACCAGAUACCUGCUCACACUCCAGCUUCCAGAAGAACAACUCCACAAAAUUGGAGUAAAAAUACUACUAAGGAACUGCCACCUUCUAUUGGAAGAAAGGACAUAACUCUUGCUUCUACUAGACCCAAGCCAGCGCUGACUUCCAAAACAGAACUUCCCAAAACAUCUUCCUUCACGGCAGCCCUAACACCUACAUACUAUUCAGUGUCCUCUUUGGCAGAUACUGCUGCUUUUAGUAGUCCGGCAUCCAGGACCUCUGUUCUACAUAGGUCCCAGGUUAGGACUACCACAGCUAGAAGACCUUAUACCUCUUCCUAUAAUGGGUUAGCAUCACUCCAUACAUUCUACACCUCGCAGAUCAGCAAUGCACUGUUCCCUGUGAAGAAAACUACUUGCGCUGACAUGCCUUGUUUCAGUGGAGUCCAGUGUGAACCCACACAGGAUGGAGAAUUCAAAUGUGGUAGAUGCCCCUUUGGAUACACAGGUGAUGGCAUACAAUGCAAAGCUAUUUGCAAGUAUCCAUGUGGCAAGAAUAUGGAAUGUGGUGCUCCGAACACAUGUCGCUGUAAACCAGGAUACACUGGUCAUAACUGCCAUGUUGCAAUCUGCAGGCCAGACUGCAAAAAUGGAGGAAAGUGUAUUGCUCCUGGUGUUUGUAACUGCAUUAAAGGAUAUCAUGGAGAGAUAUGUGAAGAUGCUUUGUGUGACCCAAUCUGUGAGCAUGGAGGCACUUGCAUGGCCCGGAAUACCUGCUCUUGUCCGUAUGGUUUUGUUGGUCCAAGAUGUGAAACUAUGGUCUGUAAUAGACACUGUCACAAUGGAGGUGAGUGUGUGUCGCCGGAUGAGUGCAGAUGCAAGGCAGGAUGGACUGGGCCCUCUUGUGAAACAGCUGUGUGUAUUCCCGUGUGUCUAAAUGGAGGGACCUGUCUGCAUCUAAAUACCUGCACCUGUCCCUAUGGCUUCUAUGGGUCACUAUGUCAAAAUGCAGUGUGCAGUCCACCAUGUAAAAAUGGCGGCCAUUGCAUGAGGAAUAAUGUAUGUUCCUGUCCUGAGGGUUAUACAGGAAAACAUUGUCAAAAAAGUGUUUGUGAGCCAGUGUGCAUGAACGGUGGGAAGUGUGUUGGCCCAGACAUUUGUGACUGUCCAUCUGGCUGGAAAGGCAAGCGAUGCAAUAAACCUGUGUGCUUGCAGAAAUGUUUGAAUGAAGGAGAAUGUGUUGGUCCCAGUACCUGCCACUGUAUCUCAGGGUGGGAGGGGAUGUUGUGUCAGAUCCCUAUCUGUGAGCAGAAGUGUCUGUAUGGAAGCCGCUGUAUCAGACCCAGUGUCUGUGCCUGUAGAAGUGGGUAUGCUGGAGUAGCCUGUGGCAGAAAGCUACCAAUCAGACGAGGGUAAAGCAACAGUAUGUGUUAUGCACACUGAAUACAUUUAGCAUGGAGUCCUACAGCACUGUAGACUUACCAAGGAAGAAGGCGAUCAAAAGAAAAUAAUUGUUAUUAGCUUGUUCUUAUGGACUUUUUCUUUCACUGUAAUGUAAUUUUACAUAGACUAUAAAUUAUAUAUAAGGAUAGUAUGACUUUCAAAAACGCAAUGAGCCCUUAAAAAAAAAAAGUUAUACAGUGCCUUACACAAAUACACUGAAUACAGAUUAGUAUAAAAUGAGCUUGGGCUUGUAAAUUAAGCAAGUAUGUUAGCAAGUAUAAAUCUUGAACUUUUACUUUUUUAGCCAUGUAUUAAUAUGGCACACUUCAUGCAAGCAGUUUUUUUUUUUUUUUUUCUGGAAAUUGGAAUUGCUUGUGAGUCAUAAAUCAGUUGUUUAACAUUAAUAGACAUGUUUGUGUAUUAUUGAAAAAAUCAAUGCUUGCAAGCAAGGAAUGGAACCAACAUGAUCACAGUACUGCUAGAGAAGAUGCUUGAUCUUGUUGCAAUCACUACUCCAUUGUUGGGAUCACAAUUGCUUUUGCAUAAUAGUCAUCAAUUACAUUGCUGGAGCUAUAAGAGAGCCUUGUUAUAAAAUUAGCUGUAUUUAUGAAAUUAAGUUUACAUUUCCCAAAAACCCAAGUAUAUGACCACGUGCUUCAGCCUGGACUCAAGAGCUGAUGAAAAGCGUAAAAGCAAAUUCUGUUCUGCUGAAUGUUUACUGAAGUGUUUUCCAGCUUUAAUAGUUGUUCUGCCAAUUCCCAGACAUCUGCUGCACUGCCUUGAACAAUUGUUAAACCAUUUCGAACUGUAAGCUGUUCUUUUUAUUUGACAUUCAAGAACAAUCCCCCAAGGUUUUAACAUUUACUAAUUUUGCUUUUUAGUGUAAACUAGCUUGAGUGGAAUUCAGAGUCAUGUCCCUGCUGCCACAGGUUUAGAUAUGUUCCUUCUUUUAAAGGCACAUAAAAAGACUCACAGUUUGCUCUCAGGAUACACCCCACCCUUAUAAAACAAUGCAUACAAACAUCAUUGACUCACAAUUAGCUCUCAGGAUACACCCCACCCUUUUUAUAACAUUUCCAUUAAAAUGUUUCCUAGUUUUUAUAAUGUGACGAAGAUAUUUUAUUUCACAGUUUUUAUUGGAUUUAGACCUUGGACUGACCUUCUGAGAUUUAGAAUAUACAGCUAUGGCCAAAGAUUUGGCAUCACCCUAUAGAAUUAACUCAUUUUUAUUAAGUAAAAUGAACCCUG